UCCCUCAAAAUCUCACCUGAAAUUCACACGCACUGACGUUACUACAUAAAUCCUCGAGAGCAGCAGUGAGUAGAAGUUUCUUGGUGCGGGAAAGAGAUGGCCAAUGGCAGAGUAGAUCUGGAUGGUAACCCGAUAAAGCCAAUUACGAUAUGCAUGAUCGGCGCCGGAGGUUUCAUCGGCUCGCAUCUUUGCGAGAAGCUCAUGUCCGAGACGCCGCAUAAGGUGCUGGCUGUGGAUGUGUAUGAUGACAAGAUCAAACACUUGCUUGAGCCUUCCUCCCUCCCAUGGGCCGACCGCAUCCAGUUCCACCGAAUUAAUAUCAAGAAUGACUCUCGCCUCGAAGGCCUUAUUCGCAUGGCGGAUCUUACCAUAAACCUCGCUGCUAUCUGCACUCCAGCAGAUUACAAUACUCGUCCUCUCGACACAAUUUACAGCAAUUUCAUUGAUGCCCUCCCUGUGGUUAAAUACUGUUCCGAAAAUGGCAAGCGUCUCAUACAUUUCUCCACUUGUGAAGUUUACGGGAAAACAAUUGGUUGCUUUUUACCCAAAGAUAGCCCAUUACGGCAGGACCCUGCUUACUAUGUUCUUAAGGAAGAUGCCUCCCCUUGCAUUUUUGGGUCUGUUGAGAAGCAGAGGUGGUCGUAUGCAUGUGCAAAGCAGUUAAUUGAGAGGUUGAUCUAUGCUGAGGGUGCUGAGAAUGGCCUCGAAUUUACAAUUGUGAGGCCCUUCAACUGGAUUGGUCCUAGGAUGGAUUUCAUACCAGGAAUUGAUGGUCCGAGUGAGGGUGUUCCGAGAGUUCUGGCCUGCUUUAGCAAUAAUCUCUUACGGCGUGAACCUCUGAAGCUUGUGGAUGGUGGCCAAUCACAGAGAACCUUUGUCUAUAUUAAGGAUGCCAUUGAAGCUGUUCUGUUGAUGAUUGAAAACCCAGCCAGGGCAAAUGGUCAGAUAUUUAAUGUGGGCAACCCUAACAAUGAAGUUACAGUCAGACAACUUGCUGAAAUGAUGACUGAGGUUUAUGCAAAGGUCGCCGGAGAAUCUCCACUAGACACACCUACAGUUGAUGUAAGCUCGAAAGAAUUCUACGGUGAAGGAUACGAUGAUAGUGAUAAGAGAAUUCCGGACAUGACCAUAAUCAAUAGACAACUUGGGUGGAAUCCAAAGACUUCGCUAUGGGAUUUGCUCGAAUCCACUCUUACUUACCAACACAGGACAUACGCGGAAGCCAUAAAGAAGGCUACUUCAAAAGUGGUGGCAAGUUAAGCGACCAUACGGCAUUCAUUCGCCUUCAUUCACUUCUAUUUAGCGCAGCCCUUUCAAUUCUUUCUCAAGGAUCUCUCAGUAUAUCAAUAUACGGUUCCUAUUCUUCCUCUCGGAUUUCAGUAAUCUACAGCUCUAGCUUAACGACCUUGUAUGCCCAAUCCACCAGGGAAUCCGUUAUAUUUUGCUGAACGUGCCAUUAGACUUUGGAUAUGAGGAAAGGCGACCAACAUUUUUCGUUUAGGUGGUGGUGAUAGUGUCCUAUUCUUUGUUUUCGUACAAGGAGCAUGUUGUAUCAUUGUGUUCAAACUUCCCAGUCAUGAUAUCUUAUAAUUGAUUGUUAAUUUA